AUGUUGGGGAAGGCGAGGAGAAAAGGGACUCGACCUUCAUGGAUUGGUGAUGAUGCUUGGGUUGAACUUCAAACUUAUUGGAAAAAGACCGAGUUUUGGGCUGUGUCUUCUCAAAACAAGACCAAUCGAGCUUCCGCAAGAGGCGGAGCAGUCCACACCACAGGCCGUAAGGCUCAUAUUGAUGUUGCACUUCAACUUUCACGUGAACUUCAAAGGGAUCUGCGUCCCGAUGAGUUAUUUUUAAAAACACACAAGAGGAAAAAUGGUGAAUGGGUUGACAGUCGUGCUGCAUCUACUUAUGUGUUAGAUGGAGAGCGUGUAAAUCAGCUAUGGACAGAGGCUGCUGGGGGCCGUAACCGUGGUCGGGUUUAUGGCGCUGCAGAUUUAGCUAUUAAUCUAAAACGUGGAUCAAAAAGUUUUACCCAACAAUCUCAAACUCCUCAACACUCUAUGUUUGGGAUGUCAUUAGAAGCUGAAAGAGCAGCUAGAAUUAGAGCUGAACAAAUUGCCGAGGCUGCAACGACCCAAUUACAAGAGGCUAACGAAGCAAUGCGAGCUGCUACCGAGGCUGCAAAAGCUGCUACCGAGACUGCACAAAGGAUGGAGAGGGAGAUGAAUGCUUGGAAGGAAUUUAUGAUGAAGAAAUUUGACACUUCAACUUUUGUAUCACAUUCUCAUCAUUAUGAUGACGAUUUGGAUGAUCAAUCAUUAGAUGAAGAUUGA